GUGUGUGUGUGUGUGUGUGUUCAGUUAAAUGUAGCAUUACGCAGCCUGCCUGCCUGGACGCGCAGCGCGCAGAGCAGGGGGAGGUUGGUGCGAACACCUUUGACUUUUCAAACCAAAAACACUUGGACUGCGCCUCUGCCCACCGACAUGCCUUGGACCGACCGCUGUCUUUCUGGAGGAUAAAGUUUGGAUGUACCGUGUGGUAGGCGCGGGGAAGAUGAGUGAAGCGAGCAGCGAAGGAAGAAGUGUGCCUUGUUUGGAUCUGAACAGGUCGUGUGCCACAACAUAGAAGUCGGAGCGCAUCAAGGCCAGCAGAAGCCUGUAGCACUAAGUUAGCUGGUCGGCUAGCUUACUAAGGUUACAGGUGUUCAGGUAGCAAAUAACCUAAUUUAACUCGUAGCUGUGGAUCGCUGGCAACAAGUUAGGCUCCUGAUUCUUGAUGUAACGAUGUGUUAAAUGUGCCUGUUUUUAGUUUCUUAGUAAAGGCAACAAGUAUAACUGUGGGCAACAUUGUUAUUAGCCAUUAGCUUUAGCGUUAGCCGCUGCUCCGUAUUUACAGCAGCAGCAGGCUAGCUAACAUUAGCUCCAAGCCACCGAGUUAACUUUAUUGCUACAUGCGCUUCUUUUCGUUUUUCUUUCUUUUUUAAACUCAGUUUUGCUCUUGACUCGCCCUCGGACACGCAGUGUUCUUUAGCGUCAUUAUCCCUGAUUGUAAAUAAACCAGUGGAACUUUUUCCACCGUGCCUGCCCCGGACUGACCCACCCAUAACACUAUCCAUCCGGGGCCGAUGCUGACAGUUCAGCCCGGAUCACGGCAACGCCAGGAGCCGCUCCAACGAUGCAGCCCCAGCAGAUCUAUGACCUUCCAAGUGACGAUAACAAUCACAAAUGGAGAGGCCUCUUCGUGCAAGCUUUACGAAAGGUUCAGAAGCAAGUCCACCCGAACCUGACAGCGAAGGAGGAUGCUCUUCAGUAUGUUGAGGAGCUGAUCCUGCAGCUGCUCAACAUGCUGUGUGUGGCGCAGCCCCGCUCUGUGCAAGAUGUGGAGGAAAGGGUGCAGAAAACYUUUCCCCACCCUAUAGAUAAAUGGGCAAUUAAUGACGCUGUGGCAGCCAUAGAGAAACGUAAGAGGAGAAACCCCUUACUUCUACCUGUGGACAAAAUACAUCCGAUGCUAAAGGAGGUUCUGGGCUACAAAGUGGACUACCAUGUUUCUCUCUACAUCGCGGCAGUGCUUGAAUACAUAUCAGCAGAUAUUCUCAAACUGGCAGGCAACUAUGUUGGCAACAUACGUCACUAUGAAAUCACCCAGCAGGACAUCAAGGUGUCCAUGUGUGCAGACAAAGUUUUGAUGGACAUGUUUGACCAGGAAGACAUCGGUUUAAUGUCGCAGUGCACCGAGGAACCCUUGUCCUUUGGGGAGCUCACGUAUGAUGAGCUGAUAAGGCUAGAAAUUGCAGAAGAGCGACAAUAUCUGCGAGAGCUCGACCUUAUUGUGAAAGUGUUUCGGAAUCACUUCCUGUCUUAUCCCAGAAUCUACUCAGCAGAGGACGUGGAGGUGAUGUUCAGUAACAUCCUGGACAUCCAUGAGCUGACAGUGAAGCUCCUUGGACUCAUUGAGGAUGCUGUAGAGAUGACCGCUGAUGGCAGUCCUCAUCCGCUGGUGGGCAGCUGCUUUGAAGAUCUAGCAGAGGAGCAGGCAUUUGACCCCUACGAGAUCCUGGCUCAGGAUAUUCUUGACGUAAAAUUUGCCGAACACUUCAACAGUAUGAUGACACGUCAACCAGUUUGGCUUAAUUUACAGUCAGUUGCAGAUGGCUUCAAAGAAUUUGUUCAUUAUGUCCUUCCCCAGCUGAUGAAGGCUCCGGUGAACCACUGUAUGCACUACUUUGAGCUACUGCAGCAACUUCAAGAGCGCAGUGCUGACCAAGAUGACAGAGAAUGUCUGAAACAGGCCCUCACAGCCUUGCUCAACCUUCAGAGUAGCAUGGARCGCAUCCUGGCUAAAUACCAUAUUCGGCGCAGUGAGCCCAUAUACCGCCUGUACAACCGGCAGGUGCGUAGCAAACAACAAGCCAUCAAGCGCAUGACGGAGAUCCAGAAAAGUAUUGACGGUUGGGAAGGGAAAGACAUUGGUCAGUGCUGCAGUGAGUUAAUUCAUGAGGGGCCCCUUUUUCGAGCAGGUGCCAAACAUGAGAGACACAUCUUCCUGUUUGAUGGCCUUAUGAUCAGCUGUAAGGCCAAUCAAAGUUCACGGCUCCCAGGGUCCGGUAGCAGUGCAGAGUAUCGCCUCAAGGAGAAGUUUGUGCUGAGAAAGAUCCGUGUCUUGGACCGUGUGGACACGGUAGAUCUGCAGAAUGCUUUUGAACUAAUAGGCAAAGAUGAAAGCAGCUCAAUUUUUUGUGCACGGACAUCGGAUGACAAAGCUCUUUGGAUGGCAGCACUGGUGACUCUUCAGUACCGUUCUACUUUGGAUCGWAUGUUGGACACAGUACUGCAGACUGAAGAACAGGAACAUCCUUUGAGAUUGCCCUCCCCAGAGUUUUACCAGUUUGCUGAGCAAGACUCUGGWGAAAAUAUAGUGUUUGAAGACAAAGUGCAGAGCAAAACUGGUAUUCCUAUCAUUAAGGCUGGCACAGUGGUCAAACUCAUAGAGAGGCUCACCUACCAUAUGUAUGCUGAUCCUAACUUUGUGCGCACAUUUCUUACCACUUACCGAUCGUUCUGUACACCCCAGGAGCUUCUCACCUUGCUUAUAGACAGGAUCAAUAUCCCUGGGUCAGCAGAGAAGGAGAAGGAAGACGAACGGCAGACUAUUUGGAACGGUAACCCACCAACAGCAGCCGAACUCCAGAGGUUCAGAAAGGAGUACGUGCAGCCAGUCCAGCUCAGGGUUCUCAACGUGUUUCGUCAGUGGGUCGAGCAUCAUUUCUAUGAUUUUGAAAAUGAUCCAGACCUGAGAGCUCGGUUGGAAUACUACAUCAUCACCAAAAUUCAACUUCGAGGCAAGUCGAUGAGAAAAUGGGUCGAGUCCAUCAAUAAAAUCAUCAAGAGGAAACUACAGACGCAGCCUAAUGGCAUCAGUCACAACAUCACCUUUGAAAGCCCUCCUCCUCCCAUCGAGUGGCACAUUUGCCGGACCGGACAAAUGGAAUUAUUUGGUCUCAUGACCCUCCACCCGAUAGAGAUUGCCCGUCAGCUGACACUGCUUGAGUCAGAGCUCUACAGAGCCGUUCGCCCAUCUGAACUGGUUGGGAGUGUCUGGACCAAAGAGGACAAAGAAAAGAACUCUCCAAACUUGCUUCGCAUGAUCCACCACACCACCAACUUAACACUUUGGUUUGAAAAAUGUAUCAUAGAGACUGAGAACAUCGAGGAGAGAGUGGCAGUGUUGUCACGGAUCAUUGAGAUUCUGCAAGUUUUCCAGGAGCUCAACAACUUUAAYGGCGUGCUGGAGGUGGUCAGUGCCAUCAACUCUGCCCCAGUCUACAGGUUGGACCACACCAUGGAGGCAAUACCAGAAAGGAAAAAGAAAAUCCUGGAUGAAGCAGUGGAACUAGGCCAGGACCAUUUUAAGAAAUACUUGGCUAAACUCAAGUCAAUAAACCCACCCUGCGUGCCUUUCUUUGGUAUUUAUUUAACCAACAUCCUGAAGACGGAGGAAGGCAACCCUGACUUUCUCAGAUGCAACAACAAAGAUUUGAUCAAUUUCAGCAAAAGAAGGAAAGUGGCUGAAAUAACAGGAGAGAUCCAGCAGUAUCAGAACCAGCCGUACUGCCUGAAGGUGGAGGCAGAGAUCAGGAGGUACUUUGAAAACCUAAACCCGAUGGGUAACAUGGAUGAGAAGGAGUUUUCUGACUACCUGUUCAACAAAUCUUUAGAAAUUGAGCCACGAAAUUCCAARCAGCCUCCCAGAUUUUCCAGGAAGACGUCGUACCCUCUGAAAUCUCCAGGUAUCCGACCCGUGCGGACGUCUACCUCUGGUACUCUGAAGGGCCACCCCGUCCCCCUGGAGAGGGAGCCCGCACAUAAGAUCACCUUCCGCAGUAUUGCUGAGAACGACCUGGACCCGCUGGUGUCGGCCUCGGUCCCCACCUCUCCCAACACGCCCACCCCUCCACAGUCGGCCUCCUCGGACCUCAGCUCAGUGUUUGCAGAGCACGACCUCAGCAGUUCAUACGGCGGUAGUAACUCCGUGUUUGUCCAGGUUCAGCUGCCGACUUCCAAGUUGCAUUCAGCCUCGUGUGGCAGCCUUCACCAGCUUGUAGAGGAGCUGAAGCCGCCUCCUUUGCCUCCUCGAAGAAAAGACACCACCUUUGAAGCAAAACUGAGCCCGAGGUCCGACAGUCCUCCAGCCAUCCCUCCUCGACUGCCUCCGCCUAGGAACCUGCCUCGGCCUCCGGUCUACAACGGCCCUCCCUUUGAUGGGCCCCUGCCCAGCCCACCGCCACCCCCACCCCGAGACCCUCUUCCGGACACGCCUCCCCCCGUGCCCCAACGGCCCCCGGAGAUCUUCAUCAACUACCCCCAGCCUUCGCCUGUGGGCCGAUACCACUGGGAAUUCGGCAGCUCCCCGAGCUCCCCCAACACCCCGCCCAGCACGCCGUCCCCUCGGGUCCCGAGGCGGGGCUGCCCGCUCAGCGCCAGCCAGAACAGCCUGUGCCCCGUUCCCAUCACCGCUCCCCCCGUGCCCCCGCGCCACAUCUCCAACCUGCAGCUCCCCAAACUCCCACCAAAGACGUAUAAAAGGGAGGCGCUCCAGCCGCCGCUACAAGGCCUCUCAUUGGUGGAGAACGCCAACAGCAGCCAGUGAGUCCACUUAGUUUUCCUGCUCGUUGAACUGCUUCACAGCUGCUGAGCUGAGAAAACMGAAACUCUUCUCCACACACUCCUCACCUUACAGCUGAGCGACACGAGCAGAACUCUGAAACAAAACGCUGAGGAGGAAGUUUGUUUGUUCUUUAAACAGGAAAGUUGCAACGUCCAGAUUAAAGAUGAAAUGUUUCAAAGUCUGAAUCUUAUGUUCAGAACAUAUGCUGUGGUUCAUUACUACAGUUUUCCUGGCUCUCUCUGCACUUGUUCCAACUCACUGUAAAAGUCUUAAACGCAAAACUUUUCUCUAAACAUCCGAAGUUUAUAAAAAAAUAAAGCUGUCAGUAAAACGAAUCCUGCAACUUUGACCAGCAAGAGCUGUGAAAGUCUUUAGAAAUCAGCGCUCAGUGAGACUUACUGUGAAGAAUUGAAACAACCACACACAUCUGAAAUGCAGCAGAGUUCUUGGUAAUACAUCUAGAAAAACUCAAAUAUCACUUUUUUACAAACUCAUUCACACUUUAAUCUUGACAUUUCAACUUUUACCUACAAACUAAUAAAACAGUACUUCCCCCGCAGUCAGUUUUUGUGUUUCUGAGUGGCCCUAAUACUGUGUUGUGUCUUAGCCCCGCCCACUGUGCCUGUCAGGGGAUCAGUAGCUCUGUCUCCAUCAGAAACCCUCUGUGCCAACAACAAACCCACACCAGUGUGCCAGCUAAACAACCAGGAGGAUCUGAGGUGGGUCGCCUGCUUCUGACCCCCGACUCACCUGACCCCCCCGGCUCAUCCCUCCAUCAGGAGGAGGGGCUUAGACUCUGUAGCCUCAGCUUCGCUUUAUUAUCUUUUGUAUGUUUUGUGAUCGGUUGUUUUUCAAAGGAGGCAGGGGGGAUUUGAUAUUUGGGUUCCUGCUGCAGCAGACGCAUUUUUGACGUCUGUCCUCAGCGAUCAGCUGACCCGUGGUCUCUUCAGAGGUGGGUUUCUAGUUUUUCCCUCCUGAUUGAAGACAGCCUUGUUUCACACAGGAAGGGAUGAGACGACUCGCCCACUUUCUAUGUCAGCUCUACACUGUGACUGUAAAGUAGCAAAUCAAACUGUAUGACUGUUUUUUUUUUUUGGGAGGGGGGGGUUGUUUUGUAUUUCAGACACAAAAUGUUGCCUUUGAAAACCCCACUGUGGUGACCUCCAACCCUCUCCAGUCCUGAUGGAACCACACUCCGUUUGCACAAAAUUUGGGCAAAGUCAGCAGGUUUUAAUGGAUUGUUAUAAAAGCUGCAUCUGCCACAAUCUGAAACAGCACCAGGAUGAAGAGUAGGACUGUCUGAUCCCCUCCCCCACGUUUAGCCAACUGUUUUUCAAACUUUGCACUGGAAGCCCCCCACCAAAGCUGGGUCGACCACCCCUCCCCCACCGUCGGCUCUGAAAACUCACGAGAAGAGGAACUCUUUAACCUUGUUUCUUCCUCUUUGUCCUGUUAGAAGCUUUUUGUUUKUUUGUUUUUKUKUUUGUUUUCACGUUGAACAGACUGAAAUAAUCCAUGCAUCAYGCUCAGAUGUGCCUUUUUAGUUUGUUUUCUACUUUACAGAAAUAAGCAAAUGGUGUCUAAAACGCUUAAAAAUGAAGUUGCCUAUGUAAUGUUUAGAACAAAGCUAUACACUAUGAAACUGUACAUGUUUGUGCAUAAUGUGUGUGUGUGUAUAUAUCAUGUAUACACUAACUAACUAAAUAAUUUGUACAGUGA